GGACAGCCCCCAGGGCCCGUGGGUAUCGUCAAGGCAACAGAUAAUGACACAGGGAUCAAUGGAGUCAUUCAGUAUGAGCUAAGAAGUGCAGUACCUCCAAACUCUAACUUCAGUGUUGAUCAGAAUGGGACGGUAUACUCCCUCGCUACAGGACUAGAUGCUGAAGCUGUCUCCAUGAAUUACAUGUUAACGAUUGGUGCCUUUAAUCCAGGGGUACCCAAUCAAGAAGGUAUCAUUCAUGUAUUCAUAGCAAUAGAAGAUAUUAAUGACAACAGACCAGUCUUCACUCAAUCAGUGUAUAAUAUAUUACUGAAUGAGACACAGCUAGUACCUCAUUUAGCCCUAGAACUCACUGCUAAUGAUCCAGACAGGAAUGAUCAGGGUAGACUAGUAUACGCCAUCUUGUCUGGUAAUACUGAAGCAACUUUCCAAUUGAGGAACAACGCUGGUAAAGGUGAACUGUAUCUAAGACGUAGCCUUGACUAUGAGAGGUACACCCAGUACAGUCUCUCAGUACAGGUUAGUGAUGGUAUAUACACUGACACUGCUACUGUUAGUGUGCUAGUGAUUAAUGUUGAUGAUGAACCUCCUAUCUUCAGUCAAUCACUGUACACUGCUAGUGUAGUGGAGAACUCACCCGUCGGUACUGUAGUGUUAACUGUUAACGCAACUGAUCUUGAUUCUAACAUGAUUCAAUACGAGUUGAAAGGUCUAGCAGAAGGACGGUUCUCCAUUGAUAAUAACGGAGUGAUCAGGAUCAGUGGAGGGAUAGACCGAGAGGAAUUCCUACCAAGUGAAGAGAUAGUGUUCCUAGUUUUUGCUUAUGGAGGGUCCCUAUCAACAGCUGAUAUCAGUAUUCAUAUUGAUGAUAUUAACGACUACUACCCUCAGUUCCUCUUCGCCCCUUUCUAUGGUACAGCCCCUGAGAACACACCCCCUGGACCCCAAGGACUGUACAUCACUACAGUAAGAGCAGUUGAUCUUGAUAAAGAAGAGAAUGGGACACUGACCUAUUCACUAGUGACCGGGGAACAGGAUGGGUUCAGUAUUGACCCAGUGACCGGGGUCAUUAUCGCUAACAGGACCUUCGACCGGGAGACAACCAGGUUCUUUCAACUGGUAACCAUGGCAACUGAUAACGGAGGUGCGAUACAACUAUCAUCAACAGUAGAAGUGAUAGUAGAGAUCAGUGACCAUAAUGACAACCAGCCCUCAUGGGUAUACCCGUACAUGUAUGCUAGGGUCUAUGAGAAUGAAGCAUUAGGCCAUGUAGUGAUACAACUACCAGCCACUGAUCCUGAUAAUGGAGUCAAUGCUACCGUAUUCUUUACACUCAUCAGUGGGAAUGAUGAUAAUAAGUUUAAUCUUACAGCUAGUACAGGUGAGGUAAGGGUAGCAGGGUCUUUAGACUAUGAGAACCUGGCAGAGAGAAGGUACCUCCUGUACUUCAGUAUAAUGGAUGGAGGGACUCCUCCUUUGAGCAGUCCUAAUGUGGGGGAACUGGAGAUACAUGUGCUUGAUGAUAACGACCAUUCUCCAUUGUUUGAUACUCAUUAUUCUAGCAUCGUACUACCUGAGGAUACUCCAAUUAAUGCCCACCUCAUAACCCUUACUGCUACUGAUACUGAUCAAGGUACUAACAGUUUAUUGAGUUACGGGAUCAGUGACGGUGAUUUGAAUCAUGAUUUUGAUCUGAUAUCUCACUCAAACGGCUCAGUAACACUGAUACUAGCUAGAGUCCUUGAUUUCGAAGCAACAUCAAACUACACACUAUCACUAACAGUAACAGACCAUGGCUACCCUCCACUAACAGACAGAGCUAUCAUUAACAUCACACUAACUGAUGUGAAUGAUGAACCGCCAUUAUUCAGUAGUGAUCAUUUCACUGGCUCUAUAGAAGAGAAUAUGAAUACCCUACCAGUGUCACUGCUGUACACUGGAGCUACUGACCCUGACUCUGAUGAAAUACCUGGUGGACUGAUUGAUAGGUACGAGCUGGUAUGGAGUGAUGAUACUAAUAAUAAUUUCAAUUACAACAAUGGCUGGCUGACUGUAGUACAGUCCCUGGACAGAGAGACCAAAGCCCAGUAUCACUUUAUAGUACAAGCCAUUGAUAACGACCCUAUCUCUCCUCUUAGUAGUACAGCAACCAUUACUGUCACUGUGUUGGACGUGAACGAUCACCCAUCUCAAAAUGGAGGACAGUUACAGGUUCUAAUAAGAGCACAGGAUGUCCGUUUCCCUGCCCAAAAGCUAGGACUAGUCUAUUUCAUUGAUUCUGAUGAUAAUGACACUUUCACUGCCUGCAGUAUAGUAUCAGGUGACAAUCACCUGUUCAACAUUCACUCCAGCAACUGCUCCCUCUACUCUACAGUGUCUGAUUUCCCUGCUGGAGUAUCUUAUGGGAUUGAGGUACGUGGUCAUGAUGGGGUUCAUGAGUUCGUAAUGACGACAGUUUCAAUAAUAAUGCAUAACAUUAGUGUAGUCCCUCCAGUGAGCUCACUGGUCAGUAUCACUCUGAAUGUAUCAGGGGAUCAAUAUCUGGAUCAAUUCAGAUCAAGUAUUGUGAGCGUGAUCAGUGAUACAGUAUCAGUACAAUCAACAUCAUUGAAUAUACUAACAGUACAACAGGGUCACCAUGAUCCAGUUAAUACUGUUGAUCUAUUAUUUGCUGUAAUGAACAGCAAUGGUGUCUUCAUGGAUCCAACAUACAUCAUUAAUAAACUCUACCUGGAGAGGUCCAGUAUCUACUCUAAUCUCUUAUAUUCUCUUCCAGUGGAUGCCUGUAUU